AUGAGACUGACUGUUGUAGCCAUCGCACUCGGCCUGGUCGCCCUGACCAGCGGUGCUUACUAUCCCCCUUCUCAACCAGUAACUGGAGUUAAGUAUGCCGACAAGGACUUCCUGUACAAGCAGAAGUUCUUCUUCGAGGUGCUUAGGAAUAUCCAUCUCCCCCUUCAGUUCCAGGAAUACUUGCCAUACACUAAGUCCUACAUCGCUGAUUCGAGCAAAUAUGUGAACUUCGAAGAAGUGACUGAGUUCUUCAACUACUACAAAGCCGGAUUCCUUGGCAAGGGUGAGCUGUUCAGCAUCUACAACAAGGAGUACAUGACGCAGACGUACCUUCUGUUCAACUUCUUCUACAACUCCAUUGACUUCGAUACCUUCUACAAGAACGUCGUCUUUGCCCGUGAGAACGUGAACGAGGGUAUCUUCAUUCACGCCCUGACCUUGGCUGUCUUCCAUCAUCCGGAGCUGAAGGGCUUCGUGCUGCCGGCCAUCUACGAAAUCUACCCGUACUACUUCUUCAACACCGACGUUAUCCAUAGUGUCACCUUCCGUAAGCAGUACGACCAGAAGUUCGGUUUUACUAGCAAUGGCAAGUACAAUGUUGUCUACGACAACUACACCGCCACCUACCCGAUUGACUACUACGGUGAGGAAAAGCUGGCUUACUUCACUGAGGAUAUCGGACUGAACGCGUACUACUAUUACUUCAUGAUGGACUACCCGUACUUCCUUGGAACCGACAAGUACAACUUCUCGAAGGAUCGUCGCGGAGAGCUCUACCUGUACAUGUACCAGCAGCUCAUUGCCCGUUACUACCUGGAGCGUCAAGCGAACUUCCUGGGACCGAUUGAGGAAUUCGACUAUGACUUCCCACUCAAGACCGGAUACUGGUCGAAGCUGAGCUACUACAAUGGCAUUCCGUUCUUCGUCCGCAAUGACUACUACAGCUUCUCGAAGGACUUCUACUACCAGGUGACUCUGCUGAAGGACUACGAGCAGCGUUUCCGUCAAGUCAUCGACAAGGGUUACUACUACCUGGAGGAUGGAUCGAAGAUCGACCUGCGUCAACCAGAGUCGGUUGAGUACCUCGGAAACAUGAUGUUCUCCAACCCCGACAGCGUGGAUAACUACUACUUCGGAUUCUUCGAAAUGAUCGCCCGCCAGGUGUACAGCGGUGGUGCUAAGUUCUAUAAGUACGUCCCGAGCGCCCUGAUGCACUUCGAGACCUCCCUGCGUGAUCCUUUCUUCUACCAGCUGUACAACCGUUUCCUGACCUUCUACUACCAGUUCAAGAGCUACCUGAAGCCGUACACCUAUGAGGAACUGUACUUCAAGGGUGUUGAAAUCAAGAGCGUUGCAUUCGAGAAGCUGAUGACCUACUUCGAGUACUUCGAUGCCGAGGUGAGCAACGUGGUCCCAAUCAAGGCAUCUGGUGAGAAGUUCUUCGAUUUCUCGGUGUUCGCCCGCCAGAAGCGCAUCAACCACAAGCCGUUCUCCUACACCAUGGAUGUGUACUCGGAGUUCGCCGGCAAGGGCGUCGUCCGCGUGUACAUGGGCCCCAAGUUCUACGACUUCAAGGAUCUGCAGUAUGUGAAGAAAUACUUCGUCGAGGUUGAUCAGUACCAGUACGACUUUGUCACUGGCAAGAACACCAUCGUCCGCAACUCGCGUGACUUCUACUACAGCGUCCGUGACCGCACCACCUACACCGAGCUGUACAAGAAGAUCAUGACGGCGUACAGCGGUGGCGAGAAGUUCGUUCUGGACAACUCCGAGGCUCACUGUGGCUUCCCUGACCGUCUGCUUCUGCCGAAGGGUCUCCCGAGCGGCUAUGAGAUGACAUUCUACUUCAUCGUGACCCCGUACUACGCCCCGAAGGUGCCGCAGUUCUCGACCUACGACAACACGUACCAGUGCGGUGUUGGAUCCGGCUCGAAAUACAUCGACGAUCUGCCGUUCGGAUAUCCGUUCGACCGUGACAUCGACUUCAGCUACUUCUACACCAAGAACAUGUACUUCAAGGAUGUCUUCAUCUACCACUCCGAAGAAAUUAAACCGUACGUGCCGUACCACGCCGUUGAAGAAACGCCGUAUGUGCCGUACUAA